AUCCCGAUCGAGAGGCCAACCAGCAUCAUUCAAUCAAAGCGGCUCUGCUCCAAGCCCUUCCUGUUCCCGUGUCUCAACCAACCACCGCCACCGAUUCGAGCUGCGCCAAGACUAAACCCCUCCUCCAUUCCGAUAUUUUUUUCGGCCAAAUACCGGUAAACCCUUGCCCUGUUAGACUCCAGGAAUAGCGAUCCCACCCCACUGUCAAACUCAACCACCAGUCGACUCAUCCCCCCCUUCUCCCGCAUCUUCUCUCCUCCCGCUCAAACCCCAUUCAAUUUUUACCCUUCACCCCCAGUUUUCCUGACACAAUCUUCAAGCUCUGUUGGUCUUCCCCAUUAUUUUCCCAUUUCUUGCUCUGAAGGUUAAAAAUGGGUGACGAGGUUGCUACCGAGAAGGCGGAGGUUCCUAAGGUAGAAGUGGAGCAGGCGGAGCCCGUUGAGCAGAAGCCUGUCGAGGACGUCGUUGAGCCGGCUGUCGUGGAUGGCGGACAGGUAGAGGUCGAAUCUGCGGAGCAGCUAGAGACUCCUACGGCAAAGAUGAGGCAGGAAGAGCCCGUCAAACAGGAGCCUGUCGGGAAUGCUAUUGAACAGAAGCCUGCUGAAGAUGACAUUGGGCCCGUUUCCGAGGAGGACAAACAAGCCAAGAUAGAAUCUGCCGAGCUAGAGGACACGAGCGCUACUGUCGAGGAAAAGAACAGCGUGGCGGCGGAGACCAAGGAACCAUCAACGUUGCAGAAGAAGAAAAGAGAAAACAUCAAAUUCGACGCAACACUUCUCCCGGAAUCCGACGACCCAGCGGAAGUCAGGAAGCAGGUACAACAGAAAAAUCCCUUCUCCUAUAUGCCUUAAUUGUCUGUCUCUUUUCUUGUUCCCACGCAUGACUAACACAGUGAUUGUGUUCAGGUCGAGUUUUACUUUUCGGACUCUAACCUCCCCUUUGAUAAAUUCCUCUUCGGCAUCGUAGGCAAAGAUAACCGCGCGGUCCCUCUUAAGCUUAUCUGCUCCUUCAAACGCAUGCGCCGCUUCACAAACCCGGAUGUCAUAAUCGGUGCGCUGCGCGAGAGUGAGGCGCUAGUCAUUGCCGGCGAUGUUGGGGAGGAGACUGUUCGGCGGAAGACUCCACUGGUCAUCAAUGAGGUUGAAAGGAAGGAGGAUAACGCAGAGAGCCAAGAUUCCAAGGACAAGCCUAACCAGCGGGGGCACCAACCUGCCCCCCGUCAGGCCUGGGAUGCGGACAUUACCGGCGGUCGGAAAUUCGAGGACCCGACCGUCCCGAGAAGUAUUUAUGCUGUAUGACUCACUCCCCAAUAUUUUCAGCUUUUUUUCGUGCGGGUGCUUACUGCCCGCCAUGAGGGAAUAGAAAGGUUUCGGUGGCGAAACCCCUACCACCCAGAUCGACCUCGAAAAUUUCUUCGCGCCUUACGGACCCGUCGCGUCUGUGCGUCUCAGGCGAACAAGUACUGGUUUUUUCAAAGGUUCCAUCUUCGUCGAGUUCAAGAGCGAAGAGCUUAUGAAGGAGUUCAUGGCCUUGGAAGAAAAACCAAAAUGGAACAGCACUGACCUCCAAUGGCUCACCAAGAAGGCCUACUGCGAUGGGAAAAUUCAAGACAUCAAAGACGGGAAACUUCAGCCAAAGGCGUCACUGCCCCGCAAGUCCUUCGACAGCAAAAACGGACACCGUGGGAACAGCCAGCGUGGCAGAGGCAAGGGUGGGCGAGGCGGUGGAAGACACCACGGCAGCAACGGCAGAAGGGGAAAUAGUGGGAAAGGUAUAAACGACCGUGGCGGGCCGCCGAAGCUCAAGACUAGAUCGGGAGGUAAAGACGGAAUCCCGCAAGUGAAGACAAACGGGGACGCAGUUGAGGCCAAGGAUAAUAACAAUAACAAGCGCAAAGCGGAGGACGGCGCUGAAGCGCACCCCGAGGUUAAGAAGGCCAAACAGGAGUAUGACAAUGGCCACAAAAAACAGGAGAUGGAUUGAACGAAACGAAACGUUCUUGUGCACCCUUUUUGUACCAUAGCUAAAAGUUUACUAACGUCCACUCGGGAUCGGUAAUGGUGGCCUGGUGGGGGGCGAAGAAGCAAAGUAAUGAUGGAUGAUGGAGGCAUGGAUGAUUUUUUUUCUUUUUCUUUUUCUCUUUUUUUCCUUCUUGUCCUUUCCUCUUAUGUUUCAGUGUAUCUUGAUGGGCUCUUUCUCUUUUUCACGGCUAUAUUUUCUUGCUCACACAAAAGAAGCGUCAUACGUCUCAGAUCCUGAUUACUUUACCGGUUAUUACCAGAGGUUGUCGUAGGCCAGGGAAUCUUUAGGUGUGAUUCAUAGCAUGUCACUCGUGCCAAGGCUCCUUGUUGGACUCGCCAGGCGAGAGAGAGGAUACAGUUCCGGUUGCCGGUGGCUGCUAUGGAAGCGAUUAGGAUACCAGGACUUUGGGGACGGAGGAGGGGCACAUGAGGGUGGGCCUGGUGGGCUCUGGCCCCCCCCGUGGAAGCUUGCUACCAUACUGGAAUCCAGCCCUUGCGCGAUACCACACCCCUAGUAACUU